AGACUAAAGACUUGAAUACAAAAUGUGAUUACGUUGAUCAUUGUAUUAAGAGACAGCAAAGUGGAAUGAUCGCAAAAAUAGUCUAAGGUCUAUAAAGAAAUUUCAUACAAAGGAAAGAAAGAAUUAAGUUGUAGCUGGAAAAAAAAAUUAUUUAAAAGAAACUUUUUAAAAAAAAAUAAGAUUUAUAGUAUGAAGUGUGAAAAAAUACUAGUGAAAAUAUUAAUCAUUGCGAUUGUAUUGCUGUCAUUAUGUGAGGCACGUGGUGGUAGGCGUGGCGGUUCAUUUGGUGGUCUCUUUGGCAGUUGGCGUAAAUAUAAAAAACCUUCAAGUGGUGGUGGAAGUUCACGGCGUAUUGUAAGUAGUUCACCGGUACACACACCCAUUACGAAAGCCAUGCAUGAGAAUAAAAAAUCCAGUAGUAGUGAUAAAUUUCAGAAAAAUUUAAAGGGAAGUAAUUAUUAUAAUACGCCGCCACUACCAACGGGAGGUUCAUAUUAUCAUAAUACGGCCGCUUUGCCCGGAAAUGCUAUAUAUGUUGCUCAAGCUCCACCCAGAGGAUCAGACUUUGGUGAUUUCUUAACCGGCUAUCUAACCGGCCGCCUCUUAACUAUGGGUUUUUCAUCUCCCCACUAUCAUGUUACUCAUGUCUAUAGGGACAAUCCAUCAGCUGCUGAAAAUACUGCCAAAUUAAAUAAUACUUCCCCACAAGUUGUAAUUAUAAAUGGCCCACAACAGUUAACCACAGAGAAACCUUUUAUCGCACCCUUGGCGGAAAUUACUACAACAACAGUAAGCUCUGGCGAGAGAGAUACCAGAAGUACCACCACUCAACUACCUUUAAGUACAACAGAACCGCCAGCACCAACAUAUGGUAUAAUUUGUAUGCCCAUGUUAAUAAAUGAAACAAAUGAAAAUGGUGAAACGGUACAGAAUGAAAGAACUGUUUGUUAUCCUGCACCGGCGCCACCUUCACCACCAAAAGAAAUGAAAUCAAAACCGGUUGAAAUAGCUGGUGAUAUAAUGGAGCAUUAAUAAUUUUAUAAUUUUUAUUACAAUAUUUUUGCUUUAAAAAUAAACUUAAUUUUUAAUUAUUUUUUUUUUUUUCCCAAAUAAAAUUUUCGAUUUGCGAUAUAUGUAUUUGCAUGUGAAAAUUAAAAUUU